UGUUCUUUGACGGGUACUGCAAUUGAUAUAAAACGUGAUUAUAUUUGUCAUAUUUCUAAGCAGACAGACUGGAACACACUACGAGCACAAAGGCAAAGCAUUCAGAAAUCAGAAGAGAGAGAAAAACUCGUCUGCAAAACAAAGAAAGGGAAAAAAAACAAGGGAACAAAUUCCAUAAUUCUAAAAUUUUUCUAUACCCAAAUUAUUAUUCAUGGUUUCUUCUCUAGCAAUUGUAGCAUAUUCUGUUUUCAAAGAUGCAGCUGGAGUUGCUGGGAACAUCUUUGCUUUUGGGCUAUUUGUCUCACCAAUACCAACCUUCAGGAGAAUUCUCAGAAAUGGGUCAACAGAAGAAUUCUCAGGAUUGCCAUAUAUAUACACCCUUCUGAACUGUUUGAUAUGUGCCUGGUAUGGGUCACCCUUUGUAUCAGUUGAUAAUAUAUUGCUUACGACAGUCAAUACGAUUGGUGCUAUCUUCCAAUUAGUCUACAUAACCCUCUUCAUAACAUAUGCGGAUCCAGAAAGAAAGAUGAAGAUGCUUGGUUUGCUAGCUGCAGUGUUUGUUUCAUUUGCCACAUUAGCCAUCCUGAGCUUAGAAGUCUUUGAAUUUUCUUCGAGGCAGAUUUUCGUUGGGCUUAUAAGUUGCGCUUCUCUCAUUUCGAUGUUUGCCUCCCCACUCUUUAUAAUUAGAUUGGUUAUACGGACAAAAAGUGUUGAAUACAUGCCAUUUUACCUUUCGCUCUCUUCCUUCUUGAUGAGCAUGUCUUUCUGCGCGUAUGGGAUGUUUAACUGGGACGCAUUUGUAUAUGUCCCAAAUGGAAUAGGAGUAUUCCUCGGAAUCACACAAUUGGGAUUGUAUUCUUAUUACAGUAACAAAUCAAGUGAAGAUCGUGAACCUUUGAUUGUUUCCUAUUCAUGACAUUCUUUGCUGAAAUUCACAAGGUACAACUUCCUUGACGCUUCUCAUUCUUAAACGCUCACCUCGUCAGAAAAGAUAAAAAUUUCGGCAUGGCAUGCAUGAGUUUUGCUGCGCCUAUUUGCAGGAAAACUGGUAUAUAUGUAUCAGAAGAGCAACAAUUUUAUUUUUCUGUGUUGGCAAAAUCCUUGAAAUCAGUUUUCUUUUUUCAGUUCUUUCUUCUUCAGCUAUUUCUUCCUAUCACAUUGGUCGGCGAUCAUUUUCCUUUUAGCAAUUCUUUCUUACAGGUUAUGGCAACCUGAUAAUUGUUCUGGUUGAUUCAUGCAGAAAAUUUUCCCUACUCCCUAUUUAAGGAAUGGAAAAUAUUCUUUUUCUUGUAUCUGUAAAGGAUCUUCAGCAUAGUUUGUACUUAUUUUUUUUGGGUGCAAAUGAUAAUUUUUUAUUUGUUGAUUUA